CGUACACUUCUGUCAUCGCAGCAAUCGCUAUCCCCACACGCAAGCAAAGCCAUGCUUUUUGAACAGUCUCAUAUUACAAAGUAUGCCAGUUAAGCUGUCGAGAACCUGCGACGAAUGCAAAUGCCGCAAGGUGCGCUGCGUCAAGGCGUCUGACAGUGGUGUCAUGAGCUGCGAGUAUUGUAGCAAUCGUGGACUUGAAUGCAAUUUCAGCCCAAAACGGAGACGUGUGACAAAGCGCGCUCCCACAGAGUCUUCCAGUGAUUUCAGAAGACAUAGACCAAUUCGCAAUGGUCUGAAUACGACAGUAUCAGAGGAAAAUGCCCUUCAGAUUGAGUCUUCCGCAGCGGAAUCAAUACACAGCGUCAGUAUUGACCAAAGCUGCCAGGACGAGCUAUCCGCCGCACAAUCGCCACAUGGAACAGCAAGCACCAACGGAUUGGCUCAUCGGCCAGCUGAGCAGAAUCAGCUUUAUGUUGACCUUCUGCUCCAAAAUAUGAGCACAGGAGACAGACGGCGAAACUCAAGCUCGUUAGUCAAGGCCCAUGAUCUAUAUGUCCCGAGUUCCGGGAUCGCCUUCUUCUCCGAGAAAAGGAUCGCGUCAAUCUCGCAUCGUUUAGGCCAUACACGGCUUCAGCGUCUUAUGCAAACGCUUGCAACAAAACUUGACUCACGUUUUAAGCACAAGACGUCUCUACCGUUCCACCAGGAUGGGCCAUAUGGCGAUCCGCAGGUCCCGAAUGAGAUCGUGAGAAAGUACAUCUUCGCGUUCUUCACUCAUAUACAUCCAGUUUAUCCGUUCCUAGUACGUUCGUCGUUCGAAGAGAAGGCGUAUCGUCCCCAGCUAGAGCUUCUUCAGGAGAGCACAAGUUUUCGCGCUCUCUAUCAUGCUGUCCUAGCGCUUGGCUGUCAAUAUGCUGAUGGCGGGAGUUUCAAAGCGGGUGACGGUGUUGCUUCAUCUCUUUUCGAACACUCUAUAGCUCUUCUUUCAAACGGGUUGGCAUACGCAGAAAGUCUUACCAGCGUGCAGGCACUUGUAGCCGUGGCCAUUUUCGGUUUAGACCCGUCCAGACCCCGCCUCGGCGAUAUCUUGAUUGCCCAAGCAGCACGAAUGGCGCAAUCUAUUGGACUGAACAAAGCAGAUUACCAAGGCGAGGAUCCUGGCGCAUGCCAGAGAACGUUUUGGGUCGUCUACGCCUUGGAAAAAUCUAUGUCUUUUGCUUGCAACAAAACCUCUAUCAUAGCCGACCGUGACAUUGGCACUCCCUUUCCCCAGGUGCCUGAGGCUGUUCACGAUGACUUUGACGGGUUUCACGCAAGAUGCCGUUUAAGCCGACUUACAUCAAGUGCCUACGAGUCAAUAUUUUCCAUUAGUGCAACACUGCUAGAUUCCGAGUCAACCCGCCUUGCGAUUGACAGCUUUUUCCACCAGCUCGAAUGUUGGAGACAGUCCAUUCCGUUCGACUUUCGCCCAGGAAACCCAAUCCCUGUGUCUUACAGAUCAAAUCGUGCCCUUAUGUCCAGUACUUUAAAGAUGCACUGCUAUUACUAUAGCAUACUUAUCGCCUUGUACCGACUCAAUCUGAGCCUACGCCCUGCAGAAGUCUCACGUGCCAUGACUGAGAGCAGGAAACAGCUUUUGAAUGCUGCACAGAAGAUUGUUGAACUGAGUGAACACAUUGAGGUGGCCGCUCACACGUCUAUAUGGCUCAUGGGCUCUAUCCCACUCUCGGCACUAUUCAUCCUCUUCGACUUCGUCGUGCACAAUCCAACCCACACAGAAACGUCGCGAAACUUAUCUCUGCUUGGUGUCCUUGUCGGCUACUUUUCGCGCUUGGAGCUUGCCUCGUGUGGGUCAAUACCGACGGCUUUACUGUUCGACUUUGUCCAGAUUGCGCGGGAAUACGUUCAAAAGGUAGACUCUGAGCAGAACGCCAAGGCGGCGAGUGCGAUAUCAGGACAUCCUCACCAAGAGAGCCAACAAUCACCGGUUGAAAGACAGAUUCUGGAGCAAGUUGAUUCUUCAGAACUAGCCUUUGGUGGCGCGAUAGGCAGCGACCAAAGCCUCUGGGACGCCACUAAUGUCAUGGCUGAUGAUUUUUAUUAUCCGAUGGAUGAGGCUUUACCAAUGGUAGAAGGCAUGUUUGCAACAGGCUUUGCGGAUCCCAUGAAUUUUCUUGCGCCGGCAGGUCAGCAGAGCGAGCACAGCGCGUUCCAGGUGUCCGGGUUGGGCCUGCAGCCAUAAUCAGUUAGAUCUGUUUAUCGUACACAAAACUACAAGCGCUUUAUCCCGUUGCAUAGAAUCUUUAAUCGAUCAGGAUGUCGUAUAUUCCUUUUAUAGAGGCGAGUUAGCCUAGAACUCUAGUUAAGGUUAGUCCUAAGGCCUCUUUCCC